CAAUUGUUUGAUUUGUUUGGUAAAACCUAACCUUCAAAUAUGGCCAGCAUAAAACGCAAUAGAAAUAAUAGAAUGUAAUAUCGCAAUGAACGCUUCAACAAUAGCUGUGCGAGGGUCACCACUCAUUCAAGAUGAUUAUGAGUUCGAAGACGAUAAAUUCGAGGAGGAUAGAGAAAAUGAGGAACCGAACGAGGAAACUGAUGAAGAUACGGAGGAAGCGAGUGAAGCUGAAAUGAGCCGACAUGAUGAGUCUUACGAAAUCAAAGAACAAAUGUAUCAGGAUAAAUUGGCAAGUCUAAAGAAGAAGCUUCAACAACUUAAAGACGGUACACAUCACGAUUAUAAUCGCAGAGUCCGUAAAUUGGAAUAUCAGUACAAGGAACGUGUCAGGCUUAAUAUGAUAUUUCGAGAUUAUAUGAUAGAAUGUGUCGAACGGGACUAUCUAAAGGAGAAAAAGGCAUCCGCAAAAGAGUUUGAAGAGAAAAAGGUCGACUUAAAAGAAAAUUUGCUCUCCGAUUUUGAGGACAAGAAGCGUACUAUUGAGGCAGAAAGAUAUACGCUAGAACUUACAGGAGAUUCCAUGGAGGUUAAGCCUGUAAUGACGCGAAAAUUAAGAAGGAGACCCAAUGAUCCCAUACCUGUUCCGGAGAAGAGGCGAAAACCGCCUGCUGCACAGAUUACGUAUUUAUUAGAUGAAAAGGAGAUCGACAAUGAUUUAAAGAUUAUCAGUAGAGGAAAAAUGUUAACUCCAACACGUAAACCAUGUGAAACUUUAACGCCUGUACCGAAUGUAGUAACACCACCAGCGGUCCCCGUUAUCACAUCCACAAAUGAAGCACCAUUGGUUGAAACAAGAAUUGAAGAUGGAAAGUUAUUGUACGAAAGGCGUUGGUUUCACAGAGGGCAGUCCGUAUACAUCGAAGGGAAGGAUAUGCCCAAGUUUCCAGCAAGUAUUUCAGCUAUCGGUACUGAAGCUUUGUGGGUUAAAAAGUCUGAUGGUACAAAAGUUAGAAUAUAUGUGUCUAAUUUGGCGAGAGGAAAAGUGUCUAUCAAAAGAAGAGCAUCUUAAAUGUUUCGGGGAUAUUAAUUGAACAAUAAAUAAUUUUAGACUA